AUGCCGGCCCUCCGCCUCCUCCUGCUCCUCGCCGCUCUCUGCCCGCCCGUCCCGGCCCGCCGGCCGCAGCGCGAUGCCCCCGGCAAGAUCGCCGUGGUCGGCGGCGGGAUCGGUGGCGCGGCCGUCGCCUACUUCUUGCGGCAGAAGUUCGGGAGGAGCGUGCGGCUGGACGUGCUGGAGAAGGCGGCGGUGGGGGGCCGGCUGGCCACGCUGGAGGUGGAGGGGGCCGGCUACGAGGCGGGGGGGUCCGUCCUCCACCCCCUCAACCUGCACAUGAAGCACUUCGUCAAGGAGCUGGGCCUCUCGGUUGCCCCAGCGCACGGCAGCCUCGUAGGCAUUUACAACGGGGAGGAAUUUGUGUUCGAAGAGAGCAGCUGGUACAUCGUCAACCUGCUCAAGCUCCUCUGGCACUACGGGCUGAACCCCCUGCGGAUGUACAUGUGGGUCGAGGACGUCCUCGACAAGUUCAUGCGGAUCUAUCGCUACCAGACGCACGACUACGCCUUCAGCAGUAACGAGCUCCUGCUUCACGCCCUCGGAGGGAACGACUUCACCCGCAUGCUGAACCAAACCAUCGACGAAGCCAUGCAGAAAGCCGGCUUCUCCCAUAAGUUCAUAAACGAGGUGGUUUGUCCGGCCAUGAGAGUCAAUUACGGGCAAGGCGUCAACAUCAACGGUUUCGUAGGUGCUGUUUCUCUGGCAGGGGUGGAAUCGGGCCUUUGGUCAGUAAAAGGAGGGAACAAACUUGUCUGCACUGGCCUUAUCUACGCUUCCAAAGCUGAAGUUAUCCCUGGUACAGUUUUGUCUAUAGAGCCAAAAAUCAGACCCAGACCCGCAGGCGACCCGGCGAAGCUCUACCAGGUCACUUACAACACUACGUCGGGACUAACGGGGGAUACGUACGACAUCGUUGUCAUCGCUGCUCCCCUGAGCCGCAAAAUGGCCAACAUCACCUUCAAGAACUUCGACCCUCCCGUCCCAGAGUUCCCGAAUCCUUACCACCAGACUGUCACGACGUUCGUGCACGGACGCUUAAACGCUUCCUUCUUUGGUUACCGGGAUCCAUCCGCCUUUCAUUUCGGUGCCAUCUUCACUACGGAAAAUCCCAAACUGUUCAUCAAUAGCGUGGGGGUGGUGUCUCCCGUGGAAGACGCAGGCGGCGAAGGAAAGCUGCCCUUGCGAUCGGCCGUCUGGAAGGUGUUUUCAAAGGAGGUGCUCACCAAAGAGCAGCUUAACUCGCUUUUCUCCUCCUACGACUCCGUCAAAGUCAAGAAGUGGUUGGCGUACCCCCACUACAGCCCCCCGGAAAAAUGCCCUCCCGUCAUCCUCCACGACAACAUCUACUACCUGAACGGCAUCGAGCGGGCCGCGAGCGCCAUGGAGAUGAGCGCCAUCGCAGCCAAAAACGCCGCCCUGCUUGCCUACCACCGGUGGUACGGGAACACCGACAGGAUUGACCAGGAAGAUCUGCACGAAAAGCUGAAAACGGAGCUUUGAGCCCCGCGGAGCCAACGGCCCGGCGCUCGUGGGAGCGUCCACCCUACACACUGCGGAGAGACGGAUCGCGUACUGUAGCUGUUUAGCCACAAUUAAAGCUAACGAACGAGGAACUCCUUGCUUAGCCCCUAAGACGAGACGCCCAGCCAACUCAAAACGGACUAGAACAGCAGCGAAAAGGCGGAGGAAGCUUUCCCCAGCGAGCUGGCCCUUCCUCAGGGAAACUCCUCCAUCUAUCCCUACGUGAGAUGAAAGAAGUUGUUUUAAAUGCCGUUAUCGGCCCCAAAAGUGCCCCCCACGGGAAGAAGUCCGCCAAACUCAGGAUCCGCAUCACUGUGAUUAACCCGCGCGCGUCGCUUGCCCUCUCUGGAUGUGUUUCGGGCAGGGAAGAUCGACUUCUUGACUGUCAAUCUCUCCGCCUCAGCUAUUUUCUGAAGGGUAUAUCAAGUAGUUAUUCCCUGAGGUGGGAUUAGCGCGGUGGAAACUGGGGCUGCGGUCUUCAUUCGCUUCCAGGACCAGUACUGCAGCUUACGGGCGGGGGCGGCUGGUCUGCUGGGAGCGCACGAGUUGCCCGAAUGGGUGGUAAGCAAGCAAAACCACCCAUGUCCUUCGCUUUUGAAAGCGUUAAUAAUUUAGAUGACCUGACCCUACAGCGGGGCACCACUAGGUUUGAGUAGGUAAAAAAAAAAAAACCCUUUUCAUGAGAAUAUCGUGUCCCUUGACUGUAUCUAAUAUCACUGCGAUACCUCAACCGCGCCGGAAUAUCGCCGUUACAAAUAAAAUUAACGCGCUGUUU